AUGUCCGAUUCAUUGUACGCACAUAGAGAAGAUCAAAACAAUCAGAGAUUUGAACAGCUUGCACAAACUUUGCAUCAAUUUCGCAAUACAGUCAAUAAUGAUAUCCAUGGGUCGAUACAGCAGGAGAAUUCCAUCUUAGAUUCGUUGAAUGACAGCUUCGGUCUGUUAAUGCAACAAGUUAAAAGAACAAGCGGUGAUUUGAGAUCGGUGAUUAAUAGAAAUGCUAGUUUAUCUAGAAUUGUAGGGAUGAUCUUACUUGGUUUCUUUGUUAUUUGGAUGUUGUAUAAACUUAGAUGA